AAUGCGCAUGCGCAUUUCAUACGUCGCCGGCCAUUACGGGAAGUUCGAUACAAAAACCGCGACAAUUUUGGUCCGCAUGUUCAGAUGUUUUUGAGGAGAUGCCGAUGGUUUCUAAGAUAACUUCUGCCUUCAGGACUUGGAUCGGUUCUGACGGUUCCCAAUCGAGUCCGGUGCCCAGAAAACGGACUUGGGCGAGCGGUAACGUUCAGCAGCAUGCCGAACAGGAUAUCCUGGAGACGCCACAGCCAAAACGAAGCAAACACAGUCACGAAGACCUCACCAGCCCCAUUGGCAAGGUGGCCAAUUGGAUCAAACAGAAGGCGUCAACGUUUGGUGAGAACUACUUCUUCCGUCCGGUCGGCAUGCAGAAUGGCUUCGAAAACCAUGCUGUCACUUCAGCUGACGACUCUGAGGAUGCCACGGACAAACCGGACCUGAGGCGACGUCCAUUGAACCGGUCUCCAACGCCAACCGCCUCCAAUGAGCCAAUCACAGAAAGGAUGGGCGUUCAUGAAGAGAAGAGAAAGUUUACUAAUGGACCAGAUGUGAGGAGGAAAGACACCCACUCAUUACGCGGUGGCAACAGCGAUGCCGCCCCUAAGCCAGGGAAACAGUUCACGGAUGCUCCCCGUGCCUUCUCUAGCCACAACAGUGCAUCCAGCAGAACAAGGAACCAGCCUAGACCCAAAGACAGACAUACAAUACCCACUCGUCCGAACCACUCAUCACGGAGCCAGGCUUCAUCAUCCGCCCUCUCCACAUCAGUAGCCCCGCCCACCGUGGGUAGAUCCUAUACAUCAGUCAAUGAGAAGCUCUUCUCGCGGCCUCCACUCAGACAGGGCAGUGUGUCGUCGGACGGGAGUCGAACCCAGUCCACUGCAAAUGAGUGUGUGCGCUUGGAUCAACUCCAGCAUUACCAGCAACUGCUGCAGCAAUUUACGACGGCAAACGUCAGCAUGUACAGUCCAGGCCGCAGUUUACACGUCAGAAACAACGGGCAGGAGUCGACGAGACACUCAGCGAAACGCGCACAGCAAGAGUCAACGGAGCUGGGCUCAAUCAUAGAGAGACCCCAGGUACCCACAAACAAAAGCUUUCAUCGGACCAGGGUCCUACCGCACCAGUAUGAGAGCAAACGAGAGAUACGCGAGGCGGCUAGGCAACGGCUUCACGCCCCCGUGACGGAACUCAGCCCCAACGCCACGCCGUACGCGAACAGGCACACUGUGGCCACGCCGGGUCAACCUGAUUUCAGCAUCCGAUCGGAGUCUCCCAUCAUCGUGUCUGUCAAACCCGCUCCGCAGCGCUCCGCCUCGCGCGACUUGUCGCAGAUGACGUCAUUCGAGCGAAGUCUCACCGUGACGCCGUGUGCAAUGCAGGAUUGGGUCAAAGAUUUAAAGGAACGGUUUGAGAGCAGCGUUAGAUUGCAGCACAGAAGUAUUGAAAAAGAAAAAGCGGCUCUUAACCUCUACAAACAGCAAAGGGAUGAGCAAGCUGCAAGAGUAUCCAAAAAGAUCACAGAAGACAUGAAGACAGCCGAGCGGAGGGCGGUGGUCAUUGAGGAACCACCCACCCCAGAGAUCUCGGAAGAAGAAGAAGAUGAUGUAGAAGAGAUAAUAGACGAUGAAGAAGAAGAAGAGGAGGAGGAGGAAGAAGAAGAAUUGCCGGAAAUCACCACUGAAAUGAUGAACGAGAUCAACGGCGCCCUCAGGCCUCAGCCCUCCGGCCAGGUGCUGGUGGAGGGCUUUCGGCUGCGACUGACGCGCACCGAUAUGCACACGCUCAGUGGCUUAAACUGGCUGAACGACGAAAUCAUCAACUUCUACAUGAGCAUGUUAGUGGAGAGGGGUGACGAGGAAGGGAAGAUCAACCUUCACUGCUUCAAUACGUUCUUCUAUCCUAAGCUACUCAAGGAAGGCCACGCCGGGCUGAGAAGGUGGACCAAGAAGACGGACAUCUUUGCCAAGGACAUGAUCCUAAUACCCAUACACUUGGGGAUGCACUGGUGCAUGGCUAUUAUUGAUUUUCGGAAGAAGAGCAUCGAAUACUUUGACUCAAUGGGAGGCCAUAAUCAGCAAUGUCUGGACACACUGUGGAAUUACUUGAUAUCCGAGCAUCGAGACAAGAAGGGCUCCCCCUACGACAUGACGGGUUGGACCAGCACUUGCCGUAAGGACAUCCCCCAACAGCUCAACGGCAGCGACUGCGGCAUGUUUGCCUGCAAGUUUGCCGACUAUGUCGGCCGAGACAAGAGGAUUACAUUCACACAGCAUGACAUGCCCUACUUCAGAAAACUCAUGGUGUGGGAACUCGUACACAAGAAACUGCUGUGAGCAACAAACGGGCUGAACAAGUGACAAUCCUUCAGGUUAUGUGAACAUGGAAGAGCCGAACAAUAUUUUGUAGAAACGAAAACUUUUAUUUAUUUCAGUCCUUACCGAGAUGUGAGCUAGCCUACGAAUAAUUUCUGAUUCAGAACCCCAUAUUUUUUUAAUAGACGAAACCCGAUUUGAAAA